AGAAGAUUUCAACAUGGCAAGCAACUCGAACAGGAUUCGUAUUCACGACAGAGAUGUUUUUGCUGCAAUAACCGAGGGUCCAGCAAAUGUAUUUUCAAGCACUCCUUUUCUUCUCGUAAAGGCCAGGUGGCUUGCAGAUGACUCAGCCCAAGUCUGUCCACUUUGCUCUCAGAAGUUUACACAAAUCCGGAGAAAACAUCACUGUAGGCAGUGUGGAAAAGUUCUCUGUAGCAAGUGUUGUAAUGAGAAGGUUCCUCUUCCACAACUUGGAUUUGAUGAGCCAGAGAGGAUCUGUGACUACUGUCUUGAAGUAACUUCCCUUGUCACAAAGUCAAGAUCACUUCAGAUGACAUUCAAACUAGAAGCAGCAAAAGCUUUAACAGAGUUAUGCAAAGAUCCUGAUGGACUCACAAAGGUUGUGGAGAUGGGUGGGGUGCAGACUCUUAUAUUUCUCAGUCAAAGUGAGAAUUAUGACGUAAAAGCUGCUGUUGCAUCAGGACUUCAGAUCCUUUCUACUCAUCCUCCAUUGCACUUAAUGUUGGCCAAAUGUGGAGGCAUUAGAGCCUUGUGCAGCAUACUUUCCACUGUCAGUGAGAGUCAGGAGCAAACCUUGAUUGAUGGAAUCAGUGCAUUGAUGAUAUUUUGUAAAUCACCUGAAUUAAAAGCACAAGCCUUAGCUGAUGGUGCAUUAGAUCCUGUGUUAACAGUGUGUGCAAUGAAAGAAGCCAUUGCCCUCCUUGCCCUGAUGACAUUGAGUCACAUUGUUGAGCAUCAUGGCAAUGUAGCUCCCCUUAUAGAGAGCAAUCGGAAUGCCCUGCCAAGAAUUCUAGCUUUGACAAAGGCACAAGAUGAAAAGAUUCAAGAAAUAUCCUUGAGAAUUUUGGCACAGAUGUCUGUUGGUACAGACUGGCAGAGGCAUCGCAUUGUUCAGGAAGAUUUCUCAGCUGGUCGAUGUUUAGUUGAAGCCCUUACAAGAGGACCAAAAAAUCUACAGGUCCUUGUAAAUGCAUCCUGUCUGAUUGCAAAUUUGGCAACAGGGGACCAAGAUCAGAUGUCCCUUAGGGAUUGUUUACAAGCCAUGUGUUCUCUGACGUCAUCUCACACUGGUCAUAAAGACGUCCAGACACAUGUAUCCAGAGCCCUUGGUAACUUUUCAAAGUUUCAUCAGAAUUCAUCUAUUAUGAUACAAUAUCUGCCAAGAAUUAUAGAGACACACCUGAAGUCAACAGAUAAGACGAUCAAGUGUCAUGGCCUAAGGACUGUCAUGUACCUUCUCAGCCAUCAAAGAGAAAAGGCUGUAGAUGUUCUGAUAAGGGAAGGAGCUCAUGAAGUUCUUACAAGUUUAGGAUCAUUUCCUGGCAUUGUUGAUGCAAUUCAAACUGGUUUGCUAAAAGUAGUCACCACCAUUAGGGACUGUACAGUCACAAAAUAAUAGUCAUAUUAAUUAGUGCUGAAGGAUAGUGUUAUUGUCAGUCAUUUUAACUUGAUUAUAUGUACAUGUAUGUUGUAAUUUUUGUAGAUAAGAAAGUGAUUGCCUUAAUUUGCUAUUUUGACUGAGAUAGAUUUUUAAGCCAAAAUGUAUCAUGUAAAGGUCUUUAUUUGAUGCGGAUUAGGAAAGUUAUUUUGGAAAAAAAACAGACUGGAAACACAGAACUUAGAAAUCUUUUAUCUAUAAAGGUUUUCAAAUGAGCUUGUUCAAAUUAGAAUUGAGUUUUAAUGAGGAAAACCUGGGUGAUCUUUUCCAGCUCUUGUAAAAUUUGUAGAUUAGAAUUUUACUUAAGGGUAAAUGAUAUUUUUAUAUCAGUAUAUUUGUAGAAGCUUCCUUCAGUACAGGGCUCUUAAAUUGACUUAAUUACAAGUCAUCCAGUUUCAUACCAGCCACAAAGAAGAACUAGUAAUCAGUUCUUGAGGAUUAAAGGGUUUUAAAUCAAUCAAAAAGAACAAAGGAUGAAUGUGGAUAGAGAUGAUUGAAACAGAUUAUGAUGACAAUCUGGAAAUAUUUUAGGUCAUAACUUUUCAAGAUGCUCAAAUGGUGACAUGUAUUGUCCUUUUGUUGUUUAGGCCAACAGAUGGUUCCUUGUAAAACUGUUUAGAUCUUAAAUUACUUACUCAAGAAGCUAUCCUGAAUUGUUUAGGGUUUUAACUAGACAAAAGUUGUCCCAAAAAUUAUCUCCCAUUUAUCAUGUUUAAGAAUUGCUGUGCCAAAUGUACCACAUUUUGAUGUCAUCUGUGUUCUACUACUGAACAGUGGCAUGGCAAUGUGGAAUCUAUUUGCUUUAUAUGAUACUAGAAAAUGUUGUAGAUUAUCUUCUGUUGACAACUGUAGUAGCAUGUGAAACCCCAAAGAUGAAUCAUUUUAGUUAACUGCAGACUUGUGCAUUCAAACCUAUGGAAAGUAUUUGGCUUAUUGACUCUCAGUGUGAUUUAAUUAUUUUCAUUCUUUUCACAGAAUGAAACAGUCAGUACUUCUCUCACUAGAUUAUAUAAAUGAAAAGAUAUUGCAUAAAAAAGUCUUCUUUUUAAAAUACUGUUUCCAAAGACAUAUUUGGAUGAUGCAGCAAUUUUACAGCAUGAAAAUAAUGGUUUGCAGAUGUAAGAGAAGAACACCAACCUAAUUUAGAUACAAAGCCCCUGCUUUCUGUAGGCAAGGACAGUUCUGUGUAUUUUACAUCGAAUUCUGCAUAGUUCAAUUUUUACUGAGUAAAUUUUCAUUUUAAAAUGGCCAACAUUGAGCUGAGCAAUAUCAAAUUCCACAAAUUUUAGGAUCUGUAAUGUUAUCUUGAUGUGAUAUCAUCAAUCUUUAAAGUUUAUGCAAAAAUUAAAUGUUAUUUUUAGACACCACAUGAAAUGAUCUAUACAUGCAUAUGUUCAUAUAUUGUAAAACUGAGCAAUAUUUUAGAGUUCAGUUAUAUACGUGCAGAGAUUUUCACUAUAUUGGUCUACACUCAAAUUUAAUCUAUGUGUUAAACAAGAAGCAGUAUCAGUUAUGAUUAUCAUGAUUGUGGAUUGUUGGUGUGCCAUGUAGUAGUGAAUUGUACUUGAUAAGGAAAUAAUUCAUGUUUACCUGAAUUGUAAUUUUAUAUUAAGGAAUGGAUAGGAAUUACUACACUGACAAUAACUGAAUAAAGAAAAGGAUUUUUUAAGCAAUGUUGCUAGAAAUGUGUAUGGUGUAUUGUUAAAAGGCUGUUAUCUAGUGUUAAAUUUGCCCAAUAAAUAUAAUUAAUUACCAAAUAAUGUAAUAAUGGCAUUAGCAGACUAUUUGAAAGUUUACAGCCUUUAUGAUACUAGCGCAGUCUGUUUUUUCUUUAAUUUAUCACAGUUUUCUUUAUGGUCUUGCUGUAGGUGGAUGUUGCCAAAAAAAAAAAGAGGGUUCAUUGUGCACUCAGCCUUCUGGCCUUCAUGGCUACAUCUUGGGUUGAUUAGUGAAGAGACUAGGGAUUAAACCAUGCAAAAGUAUCGUGUAAAAUUCAUUGUCUGGCAGAAACUCUGAUAUGCUGUGCAGUAAUGUGGAUCUGUGUAUGCCUACAGUCUGUGCAACAAUUGAAUCAAAUUUUUCUGAAAUUUUUCAGCCAUCAUUGACUGAAGCCAACAAAAUGUUUGAUGUAAUUUUUGAUGCUGAAUGUACAGAAUACAUAUUAAAUUUGCUAGUAAGCCUAGGAGAAUUUUUGAUAACCAUUUUAUCCAAGGUCAGUAGAACAAUUUGAUAAAUAUGGUGUGUAGUGUGUUAAGUACAUUAGGUAGGUGAAUGAGUGUGUAAUCUGCAGGUAUUUCCAUUUUGCAUUAUAUUUGCUGUGAUAAAAAUGAUACGUAAACAAUACAGCAAUACUGCACUAGUCUUGUAGUUUUCUGAUGCAGCAAUUUAAUUUAGAAGCAUAAUGUUACUCUAACUAGCAGAUAAACAGUUAGGUGUAUGCAAUUGCAUUCAGAGGGCCAAAUUGAAUUCUUUAUGGUUCCUAAGAAAUGAUUAACUUGACAAGAAUUGAUUUGGUGUGUAGUUUUUUGAAGUAAGUAGUGAUCGCACAUGUGUAUGCUAGGGUAGUAAAAUGUAUUGUUUCCUGACCUGAAUUGAAAUGGUUAAUUAUAUUCCAGGUGUCAUUGGUUUUUGUUUGAGAUAAAAUUGGUCAUGCAGGUCCAUUGCUAUCAGUGAUUUCAGUGUGCAGCAUAAUUUAAGGUAGUAAGUGAAUUCUUGUCAUCAUAGGAAAUUGUUUAAAAGAGAUUUGCUAUGAGUGAUAUUCAGUGUACAUGAAUAUAGGGAAGGAUUGCCUUGGGCCUCUACAUGUGCUGGGUUUCCAUGCAGGAUGAUAAAAUGUAUUGUUGUCAUGACCUGAUCAAAUUAAGUGGGUCAAUUACACACUUCUUGGUGAUGUUGCGUUCUGUCUGAAAUUCAAUAGUCAGAUGGAUCCCUUGAAGUGUGAAGUAAAGAGUGAAAUAAUGUCAUUACAAGGGAGAAAUUAUUAGUCAUAAUACCACUGAAUGUGCAAGUGGUCAAUAAAAUCUUUUAAUACAGAGCAUAUAGUUAGCUCAAUGAUAGUUUAAUUACCAACAAUCAAUGGCAAAAAUGAGUCUGCUCUUGCUUCUUGUCUAAACAUUAAAACAAUUUGGCACAACAUAGGAUGAAUCACCCAUUCACUGUCAGUGCUAGUUUGAGAGAAGCUGAGCAGAUGGGGUCUGGCAAAGGUUCAAAAGCUUGCUUUAAAUGAUAUGUUUCAGCACUGUUUUGUUUUGUUCUUGAUUUAAGUUUCUCUUAGCAUUCAAGUGUCUCUAUUACCUGUGCAGUUAUAUAUUUACAGAAAACUUCAGAUCACACCAUUGUUGAAGCUCAAUAUAAAGGAAAUAGAAAUGGUGACAUGGUUCCCUGAAUUGCUUGUAGUCAACAAAAGUUACAUAUUCAGUAGGUAAUAACAUUCUUCAAGGCAAUUGGAAUUAAUGGUGACAAUUAGAAUAAUAAAAAAGUGAGAUCUUUA